UGAAGUUGAGAAAACUGGGCUAUAAAUUUUUUAUGAAAAACUAAACUAAUGUUGAAUCAUAGGGGUGGAAAAGAACUACCCCUCGAACUCAUUUCUCAUUUAUUCACAAAAAUUAUAUAAAAUAAGAAACAAGAAGUGGAAUCGUUAUCUAAAGAGUCUUCAGAGUUUAAAAGUGUUAUGAAAGCUACCUCAAACACUUGGCCAAAAACACUAUUCUACAGGUGCCUUUUCAGCUAUAAAAGUUAUCUUUUACUGUCUUGAUUUUGAGAAGAAAAAGCAGCUUUAGCUCGACAAAAAGACAUACUUAGCCCACCCGGUUAAAAGUACUCUCAAAUAUAGCUUAAAGAACCUAAACUAAUAUAGUACAAACAUAUAAUUGGAGGAGGAACAAGGGUCCAAAAGUCGCACAAGCUUCAAAUUCAAAAUGUUGAAAGAAGUUGAGGUAUAGAGAAGUGGAGAGACAUGGCAAGGCAUGAGGUGUAGCAGCAGAUAGGUGAUUUGAAGCCAUGAAUGGAAAGAUGGAGACAAGCUUGCCCACACUUCACAUGCCUUAAUUACUGUUUUAUCUUUUUAUCAAACACCUCAAGUGCACAUCCCACUAUCAUCAUCAAAUUCUUCCCUAUCUCUCCUCUCUCUCUGCCCUAAACUGACUUCUAUAAAUUUACCGCCCAACCGAACACAGAAUGUCACAACCACAAGCAGAGAAAAACAGAUCACAGAGAGAAAGAAAUGGAGAGUCGUUCUUACGAACCUGAGAAAACCGCCAAAGACGUCUCACUGCAUGAACUCAAGGACAGGCUCGCAGAGUUCGCUCAAGUGCGAGGAUGGGAACAAUACCACAGCCCUAGAAACCUGCUCCUAGCACUUGUAAUUAAUCAAACAAAAAACACAUUGAAGGUUGGCGAAGUCGGAGAGCUAUCGGAGAUAUUCCAGUGGAAGGGAGAGGUGGAAAGGGGGCUGCCGAACUGGAGCGCGGCGGAAAGAGAGCAUUUGGAAGAAGAGCUAUCCGAUGUGUUGCUCUAUUUGGUGCGUCUGGCCGAUGUGUGUGAGCUUGAUCUCGGCCAUGCCGCGCUCUCCAAGAUCGUAAAAAAUGCGAACAAGUAUCCUGUAGCCGCUUCCGCUCGCGCGCUGCCAUAAACUUCGCGCCUUCACUUCGAUCCUUUCUCUGCUUAGUAAUUUUGGAAGUCCGGAAAGAGUUUAAAUUUUGUAUUUUCAAUAAUUUUUGCUUCUUAAUUUGUCCUUUAAUAAAUUUUAAAUGUUUGGUA